GCCCGAGGCGGCUCUCCUUGAUUCCAUCGAGUGUUCGUAUCUGAUAGGCUGUUCUGAAAGACAGUCAAGCUCCUUGUCUUCUCCGUCAUGCCAAAUCCUGUCAUCGUCAUCACAGGCGCAUCCCGAGGUAUCGGUCUCGCAGUCACUCGUUCCUUACUCAAGGAGCACAACGCUCAUGUCGUUACCAUAUCGCGGACUCGAACGCCAGAGCUCAGCCAACUGAUUCAGGAACACGAGCAAUCAUUGCUGACUCUCGAAUGCGAUAUCACAGACGAACCCGCGGUCAAGACUAUUUCGACAUCAAUUUUUUCUCGCUCAUUACCUGCUAUUAGGGCUUCUUUGCCUGACUUGCGAGAAUCAAAGGGUAGGAUCAUUUUUAUAAGUUCAGGAGCGGCUACCGGAAACAUAUAUGGAUGGGGAGCGUAUAAUGCUAGUAAAGCUGCUAUGAAUAGCCUGAGCAGAACGCUCGCGAGCGAAGAACCUUCGAUCGUGUCAUUGGCACUUGCGCCUGGAAGAGUCGACACUGCGAUGCAGGCUGUACUGCGGGAUGCAGGAGCGCAGCACAUGAAGGCGACCGAUCAUAAGAAUUUCGUCGAUGCCUACAAUGAAGGAACCCUAGUCAAUCCAUACGACGUUGGAUAUGUCAUCGCUGCGCUCUCGUUACGCGCUCCUCUUUCACUUACCGGGCAAUUUGUGAAGUGGGAUAACGAGGAGUGUAGAGAAUUCCGGAGGAAAUGACCUGGUAAUAUAUCAGGUCGUGUCUAU